AUGGACGAAUGCUGCUGCGACCGCGACGACCUCGACAAGAUCGCCAAGGGCUGGUCGAUUGCCAUGUUCUAUUCCAAGGAGCGCCUGCGGCGCGUGUACGAGCUCGAUGAUGCGCAACUGGGCAAGGCAGUGGAAGACGGGAAGCUGAUCCUGGAGACGCUGUGCCUGUUUGUGCACGCCUGCAUCAAGCGUGGGCAGUAUAGGUUGCCUGCAGAGUUUUGGCGCGUAUUACAGAUCGAGUACGGCAUCGUGGUAUACCCAUCCGCGCUGACUGAUGACGUGGACGUCCAAGGGCUGGGUGUGGAUGUGACAUUCACCGACGCCUAUUCAAGACACAUCAUCAUGUUUGGUCGAUGCUCCAGUGCCUGCCACCCGCCGCCGUGUCCAUUCCAAUACCUCCAGGAACCGCCGCCCGUAUACCGAAAAUGA